AUGACCACACAAGGAAUAGAUCCGCUAAGGAGAAUAACGUGUGAUCAACAUGUUAUACUUACGUUACCGUCUGAAAAAUGUAAGAUUGUUGAAUUAAAAGCUAAUACAGCAGUGUCUUUAGGUAAAUUCGGGGCAUUUAAUGUGAAUGAUAUUAUAGGAUAUCCGCUGGGUACUAAAUUUGAGAUUUUUUAUGAUAAUGAAACUCAAGAAACUGUAGAUCAUGACAAGAAAACUAAAGAUCCAAAGAAAAAAGAGAGUAAAAUUAAUGUCGGGAAGAUUAGAGUUUCUGAUGAUCUUAUUAAGAGAGAUGAAGGAUUAACCAAUGUUGGUAAUAGCGAAAAUAAUAAGGACUUAAUAAAUUUGGGCAGUGACAUCCAAAAGAUGACAUCAGAUGAUAUUGAAGCCUUGAAGAAACAAUCUACCUCAGGUAAUGAAAUUAUUUCCAGAAUCAUUGAAUCUCAUGGUACAUUUGAUAAGAAGACGAUUUAUUCCCAAGAAAAAUAUUUAAAGAGAAAGAAACAAAAAUUUGACAAACAAUUUACCGUUAAUUACUUGAGUAGCAAUUUGUUAUUACAAUAUUUAAUAGAUAAAAACGACAUCCAAAGAAUUAUGGACAUGUCUGAAGAAUCAAUCGGUAUGUUGUUGAAUCUUGCAAAUAUAAGAUCUAACGGUACAUAUUUAUGCAUGGAUGAAACUGGGGGUUUGUUAAUAUACUUUAUGCUAGAGAGGAUGUUUGGUGGAGAUGAAAAUACAGGUAGUACCGGUAAGAUUGUUGUUGUUCAUGAAAAUGAGCAUCCAAAUCUAGACCUAUUAAAAUAUUCUAAUUAUUCUGAAAAAUUUAUAUCAGAACAUAUUAUCACUAUAUCCAUUCUGGAUUAUUUUGAACCAAGAACAGUAGAAGAAGUCGAACAAGAAUUCAAGCCAUUAGGUAGAGAAGAAGUGUUCGCAUUGAAAAGUGGUGCAAAAAAUACAUAUUUUAGGAAAUUAAAAUGGCACAAGAUUCAUUUACAACAAAUUGAUAUUGCAACAAAAUGGAGCUUUGAUAGUCUUGUAGUCGCUACAACAUUACAUUUGCCAUCAUUGCUUCCUAAGUUAGGGGAAAGGGUACAUGGUUCAAGACCUAUUGUCUGUUAUAGUCAGUUCAAGGAAAUUCUACUUGAACUUUCCCAUACUCUGUAUGAUGACCUGAAUUACUUGGCUCCUACAAUCAUUGAAACAAAAUGUAGACCAUAUCAAUCAAUAAGAGGAAGAUUACAUCCUUUAAUGACUAUGAAAGGUGGCGGUGGGUAUUUGAUGUGGUGUCACAAAGUUAUUCCUGCUCCAGAACCUGAAAUGAUAUCGGUAGAACCUAAAGCAACAGAGACAGAAGGUGUCCAAAUAGAGAAGCAAUAA